AUGGCUGAUCGCUCGCCUCCGCGUAGAGAAGAGCCGCGCCCGCGCUCGCGCUCCCCGCCGCGGCGCUCGCGCAGCCCCGGCGCGCGCGACGCCGGCGGCGCGCCCAAGCGCGGCGAGUUCGGCGGCGAGGGCGGCCCGCGCAAGGCGGGCGUCUGCGUCGCCUGGAACCACAAGGGCUUCGGCUUCAUCCGCCCCGACGACGGCCAGGGCGACGACCUCUUCUGCCACGCGACGCAGAUCCGCGACGGUUUCAUGCGGUGUCCUAGAUAUGCUUCUCCGCUAUUGAGUUGAGCCACUUCAAAUACAAUUUUGGGGAUGUUUCUCUGCUAUUGAGACACGCGCCGGGGGAAUGAUGCUGCGCUCGCUGCUGCUGAGACAACAUACCAUGUGUGGUUGCUUGGUUUUCUGUCCCGCUGCGCCAUAUCUUCCGACAAAGAUAUCUUCCCGCUGCGCCAUAUCUUCGAAAAUACCAUAUCUUCCUUUGUCAAAUCACUCCCCGCUAUGUCAAAAUGAAAAUUUUGCCACUUCCUUGCAAUGUAUACAUAUUACUAACCACUCACCACUCUGCUUCUCCAUCAGGCAACUGCCUCGAGAAGGAUGCCAAGGUCGAGUACGAGGAGGUCUUCGACGACCGCCGCAACAAGUACCGCGCCGUCGAGGUCUCCGGCGGCGUCGAGAAGGAGCGGGACUACUUCGGCCGCCGCGACGACCGCUACGACGACCGCCGGGACCGCGACCGCGGCUACGACCGCAGAGGCUACGAUGAUCGUGAUCGCGCGUCCGGCGGCGUCCCCUGCGCUUUUGCCCUUGCGCUUAUUUCCUGCGCAGGCGUCGAGCGCUACCGCCCGCGCGACCGCUACGACGACCGCCGCGGCCGGGACGACUACGACCGCCGCGACCGCGGCCGGGACGACUACGACCGCCGCGACCGCGGGCGCGACGACUACGACCGCCGCGACCGCGGCCGGGACGACUACGACCGCCGCGACCGCGGGCGCGACGACUACGACCGCCGCGACGACCGCCGCUAGGGCACCCACAGCGCGGACACAUCCCCCCUCUCCCCCUUCUCGUUCCCUCCAAUCCUCGGCCUAAACAUCGAGGUCACGUUCA